AUGUCUGCCAUGAAGAAACAAGAAAUCUCUGACCCUGACCGGAACAGCAUUGCCCCUGUGCAAUCACAGAUUGAUGAAGCAUCCAGCGAGCCAAUUCAAGAUGAUGCUGUAUUCGGUGAGAUCCGUGAAGGGAAUACCAACUAUCGGAAUGUGAGCUGGCUGGGAACCACAGCUCUCAUGAUUAAAACUCAAAUCGGUCUGGGAGUUCUUUCGAUGCCUAAAGUCUUCGAUAUCCUUGGAAUAGUGCCCGGAAUAAUCCUGCUUCUAACAAUCGCCGGGAUGACAUCUUGGUCAAACUGGAUGGUGGGUGUCUUCAAACUAAGCCACCCCAGUGUUUAUGGGAUUGACGACGUGGGGAAAAUGCUGUUUGGACGCUUUGGCUAUGAACUACUCGGUGCAGCAUACACUUUGUACUGGAUCUUUGUUGGUGGUUCGGCUCUGUUGAGCAUCUCGAUUUCCCUGAACGCACUCUCUGACCACGGAGCUUGCACUGCAGUCUUCGUGGCUGUCGCUGCCAUUAUUGGAUUGAUCUUUUCCAGCAUCCAAACCCUUGGUCGUAUCAGCUGGUUGGCCUGGGUAGGCGCUGCAUGCAUCAUUACUGCAGUCUUUAUCCUCACGAUCGCCGUUGGAAUUCAAGGUCAUGCUCCCAUGACAGACGGCGUGAUCCCAGCCCCAGAUUACAAACUCUUUGGCAAUCCGACCUUUGUCGAGGCCAUGACUGCUCUCUCGACCAUCUCCUUGACCUACGCGGGAACCCCGGCGUUCUUCAACAUCGUCUCGGAGAUGCGUGACCCGCGACACUUCACUCGAGCCCUAACCAUCUGUCAAGUCACUGUCACGGUCAUUUACAUUGUAGUCGGAACAGUCGUGUACUACUACUGCGGAUCGCAUGUUGCAUCACCCGCUCUAGGUUCUGCGGGGAUCUUGAUCAAGAAGAUCAGCUACGGAUUCGCUCUCCCGGGGCUGGCUGUCUCCGCCACUCUCAUGCUUCAUUUACCGGCUAAACACAUCUUUAUCCGCAUCCUUCGGGGCACCAGACACCUGACCGGCCAGACUCGGACCCACUGGAUCGUGUGGCUCGGGUCCACCUUUACGGUGACCUCGGUCGCAUACAUCGUCGCAAGCAGCAUCCCGGUCUUUAGCGAUCUGGUAUCACUUGUGGGGGCUCUUCUCGCCACGUCGUUAUGCUUCCAACCGAUGGGAUGUAUGUGGCUGUAUGACAACUGGGGACCGGGCCGGCAGAAGAAGUCUCUGCGGUGGUGCUUGAUGGUUGCCUGGUGUGUCUUUGUCAUCCUGACCGGCUUCUUCUUGACGAUAGGGGGAACCUACAGCUCCAUAGUGAGUAUCAUUUCGUCUUACGAGAAGACCGAGGGGUCCUCGGCCUGGUCUUGCGCCAAUAAUGAUAACUAA